AUGAGUGGCGCGGGUGAGAACCGUUGGCGGCGGCAGGGGCAAAACAAUCGCCAAAACCAAGAUCGCUCGUCUGGCACAAGUACGCCCACCAAAGAGGGUCCUCGGCCUCAGGCGACAACAGCAUCUUCGGGAGGCGGUGCUUGGGGAGCCAAGGGCAAGCCUUCGGGGUCUGCGCCUGCUGCUUCAGCGCCAGCCCCGGCCACAGAACAGCAUGUUCCCGUGCGCGACUUCAAUGCGAAUGAGGUCAAGGAGUUUUUGAGGAAGAAAUACCUCGAAAGUACCGCAGGCCAACCCUCGGUAUAUCACAAGGUCGAAGGAGACUCGGUGCCAAAAAGGAGCAGCGGCGCAUGGGGUGCCAAAAGCAACAACAUGGCACAUCUCAUGCCCUCGGGCCAGUCCUUCUUCACAAACCUCAAGAAGCAGCUGGGCGGCAUCGAAGCUACCAAGCCAUCGUAA